CUUUCUUUCCGUCUCCGGCCGCCGCAGGGAGAGGAGUCGCCGCCAUGUCCGCGCAUCUGCAAUGGAUGGUCGUUCGGAACUGCUCCAGUUUCUUGAUCAAGAGGAAUAAGCAGACGUACAGCACGGAGCCCAAUAAUCUGAAGGCCCGAAACUCCUUCCGCUACAACGGGCUAAUUCACCGCAAGACGGUCGGAGUGGAGCCUGCGGCUGAUGGCAAAGGGGUCGUGGUGGUUAUGAAACGCAGAUCCGGUCAGCGAAAACCUGCCACUUCCUACGUGAGGACCACCAUCAACAAGAAUGCUCGGGCUACCCUCAGCAGCAUCAGGCACAUGAUCCGAAAAAACAAGUACCGCCCUGAUCUGCGUAUGGCGGCCAUCCGCAGAGCCAGUGCCAUCCUUCGAAGCCAGAAGCCUGUGGUGGUGAAGAGGAAACGGACCCGCCCCACCAAGAGCUCCUGAGCCCCACACCCCAGAAGCAAUAAAGAGUCCACUGAUUUGUUCGACCACCUCCUUUAGGCCUCCUGUUCUGUGGCUCAUUGAGCUGUGGCCCUGCGUUUGUCUUUAGUUGUGCCAUCAAAACUCCUCUUGUUAGGAACUUGUUCAUCUGAAGUGGGGGUUGUCAAGGCUAGACACUCGGUGCAGAGCAUCUGUCUAAAUGCUUCCUAUGUUGUGAGUAUCUAAAGAGUUAGUUACCAGCCUGGAAGGAUAUAGGCUGAAGAGCCAUUCACAGGGCCAUCUAGGCACCAACAGGAGUGAAAUCAGAUUGGGCUGAGGGUUGAUUUCCUGUAGAAACAGGAGUGAGGGCAAAUGAUUACAGGGUUCUUAGCAGCUGAUAGUGUCAGAUACCCUGAGCCCCUCUGCCUGAGCUUGAGGCUGUCUUACCAGGUCUCAGUCCACUGACCCAGAUAGGCCCCGCUCUUGAGUUGACAUGCCUCCUAAUAAGAGGAGAAUGUUAAUACAAAGGUUUCAGAGUGAAGUCCUUAGUGAAAGUAUGUUCUAUUCAUCUGAUGUGUAAAACAGUGACAAUCCUAAAUGUCACAUUCGGGGUGGGGUGGGGGUGUCAGCUAGGAGUUCAUAGUGCAGCAAUAGAGUUUUAGUGUGUGUUGCUAAUCCUGAAAAAUGUCAACAAAGUCUAGUUUUUACCAAAUGUUUUGUAAUCUCAACAUUUUGGUAGGCUGAAGCAGGUGAAUAUUUAAGGCCAGCCUGGUUUACAUAGCAACUCUGAGGAUACCCAGGGGUAUAGAGAUGACCCUGCCUCAAAAAUAAGCCAUUGUAAGUCUAUCUGGAUUAGUGGGUGACACAAGUACACAGGUGUACUGAGGUAUUGGGCCAUUUCUUGCCCCUUCCAGCCAGUAUUAGCUAUCACUGACAUGACGAACGUGAGUGAGCCUUGAAUGCAAAAUAGUACACCAUUUUUACCAGAGCUUUGUCUCUGCUACACAACUCAGGCCAAAGAGCUGCCUGAGUCCUUUUGGGGACUGCUUGAGCCCCCUCACUGGAACAUUUGACUUUUAACACAGCCUCUUCUGGUUUUCCCCAGUGCAAAUGAAGGAUGGUAAGAUUGCU